AUGGAAGAAGCAAUGAGGAGACUCGGUUGUCUCACCCAAGCACCCGAAUCUGACCCUCUCCUUAACACCUCCGCCAUUUCCAAGAGAUGCACCACCUCAACAGCCAAGAGGUCUCACAAAGACGGUGCUAGUAAUAGUGGCACCAUGAGAUACCGCGGAGUCCGCCGCCGUCCGUGGGGCCGCUAUGCGGCUGAAAUAAGAGACCCUCAGUCCAAAGAAAGGCGUUGGCUUGGUACAUUUGACACGGCAGAGGAAGCUGCUUGUGCUUAUGACUGUGCAGCCCGAGCGAUGCGCGGUGUCAAAGCUAGAACCAACUUUGUCUACCCUACUUCUCCUUCACAUGAUACUCUCAUCCCUCCUUUUCACUACUCAAAAUCAUCAUCCCAACCAGCCUUUCAAUCUUCUCGCUCCAGCCCACAUCUUGCUGAUCACUUCUCUGGAUCAGCAAAUCAAAGAAAUACCACUAGUAAUUCUGUUAACAUGCUGUUCUUUCGUGACCUUUUCAACUCUUCAUCUACAAACUCAUCAAUACUUACUUCUUCAAGCACUUUGCCUUUGUAUGAGCAAGGACCCUUUGCCGACCUCAACUUCUCCAACUCCCUCAUGGGCAAUCAAUCUUGUAAUAACAACCUUACUGCUCCAAAAACCAUUGAUUCCCUUUCUACUACUUUUAGCCUGCAACGAAAGUUUGACGAAUACCAACAAACAGUUUGUUCAGGAGUUCCAACUUCCAGCACAAGUAAUAACCAAGUUGAGUGCAUGGAUUUUUUCCCCUCAGAGCCGUCAGAUUCAGGACUGCUGCAAGAAAUCAUCCAAGGGUUUUUACCGAAAGAGAAAAAGAUAGUAAAGUCUGAACCCGAGUUGGCUUUGGUGGAUUCUUUUGCUGCUUCGUCUUCUUCUGCAGUUACUACUGAUGUUUCCAUGAAUCUUUCAUUGGAAGGUGGCGGGUUGAAGAGGAGGAUAGGAGAUGCUGCUUAUUUGGAUUGCCACGUUCCACUUCCACAGCUGUUGGACAAUUUCAGUGCUGUUGUCCCGCCACAGCCUAUUCCAUUUUACAGUGAGAUUUAUCAUCCGGCUGAGAAUGUUCAAGGGUCACAAGAAUGCAUGUUGGGAUUGGGAGAAGGAUUUCAUCAGUACCCGGACCUCCUUGGUGCCUUUGCUGCUGCCAAGAUGCAGAAUGCUUGA